AUGUUCAUGCGACUUCGCGGUCAUACUUGCAAGUACUGCAUGGGCAUUGAUGAGCAACACUACAAGCGUCAUCACGACAUUGCCGAGCGCUUACGAGCCGUCUAUGAGAGUUGUGGCGAGAUCGACUGGAACAUCGUGCCGGACGAAUCUGAGCUAGAAGAACAUGGAAUAGCGAGAGAUCUCGGCGAUGAGGACACUCCAUCCUCAAAGCGUGAGCGAAAGGAUGCAAAGCGUCUGGCGAGAGCGGCUAGUAGAUCUAGAGUCAUUACGCAGGAGGAGAUUAGAUACAUUGACUCCGUUGUACAUUCAGUUGAGGGCAUAACGAGCAACGACGCGGACGGGCCGCGGAAUCCGGAAGAGAUCGAGGAGAUUGAGCGACAGCUUCGUUACCACGCCCAUGUAUACAGCACGCAAGUCGGCCGCAAGGGAAUCAGAAAGCUCGCCGAGGCGCCUGUCGAGUCUUUGAACGUUGACUUCGAAGCCGAAAUGGACCGCAUCUUGGAAACCUUCCGUAUCAACGAGCUACUCAGGCGUAACACCAAAACGAAGGGUCUACAAGGCAAAGAACUCAAGAUGUUCCAAGGCCUCGUCGAAACGUUCAAGCACGCCGUCCUGGAGGACAUCGUUCUGGUCAAGAAAGACACUGCCGAAGUGCGAAUGCGACGAGCAGGCUAUCUCCGAUACACGAGUAAAACCGCGUACGGUAUUGUAGAAGAGAGGUAUACUGGAAAGGACUGGAAAACUGGAGAGAAGUUCGCGUCUAGUCUGAGUGAUUUCAGUGGCGGUAUCACCCCCACGGAUGAGACUGCUCCACUGGUCAGUGAUCAGGACGAUGACCAGUCGCCGCCGCGGUCUAGUACCCUUGACAUCUCCGACCGAAGGCAUCUUGAGAGCAACCACAAGCGCGUGAGCGGCGACGAUGGACUCUACCAUGCAGAUAUCGAGCCCUAUCAUACUCCGCUAUUACCUUUGCCACCCGCCCCAACCUUGAACAGACAGUCGGCUGCGGUUCUGGUGAUCAACGUCAAGGCUUCAGAGCGGGGGCCGACUACAGUGCCUGGCCGGAUCAAGAAGUCACAACAAGCUCUUGAUGGAUGGCAAGUCGUCACGAAUGGAUUGACGCCAACAAAAUCGGUAGCAAAGACGCGCGCUUGGGGUAACAUUCCAAGUAAGCCCCCGGCUCGUGCUCCUCGGCCUGGACCGACUCCAUGGCUUUCCGAUUCGCGCGACUUCCCAAACCUCUCAGCCUCGCGGAGCUCUUCAGAUGAGCCUUAUAGCCCAGCUCCAGCAGUAAAGCCUCCAAAGGCUUGGGGUAUGUCAGCACCCGAGAGUUUUACGACCGAGACGGAAGACUCUGUCAACGGCCAUCCCGCAAUCUCGCAGAAGAAGAAGGCUAAGAAGGCACGAGAGGCGAAGCGCAAGGCAAAGAAGCAGUCUAUACCGGAGGCAGCUAUCAGUCUUCCUGAUCUCCGAAACGAAGCCACUGAAGACGUCUAUGACGUGGGUGACGUCUUAGCACAAUCUGCUCCCAUGCUACCUGAGACUAUACUUUACAACAAGGACCGCGAUAGUUCUCAAGAUGUGCUAUCGUACACGGAGAGCGCCAAUGAUCACGAUGCUUCCACUGAGGUAGUAUCAGAGCCAAUCUCCACGGACGCGACAUUCGCUAAGGGAGUGUCUCCAGUACCUCUGCCUGAACCUCUACUACCUGUCACAAAACACGGCAAGCACAUGCACUGGAUUAGCACCGGGCCUUUCAACCGCCUCCGUGGAGAGAAACUACUAUCACUGUACGAGAAGGAUCAUCGGACCAAAGGCCGCUUGAUGCUAGUAGACGAUGACCUGAUCAACUAUCUCAUCGAAGACCCUGCUAUACGAGCGCGCAAUCGCAACCCAGAUGGCAUACCUGAUCGUCUGCAGAAGGAGUACGACGACGUUAAGAAUGGCUUCAAUCCUGGCGCACUAAUGGCUCAAGAGCUUCGAUUCGAGCGACUUUACGCAAAGAACGGAUUCAACAAGCAGGAGCUCACUCAGGUCAUGUUACAGGAUAUCCAGCACAACGAACUCGAGCGUCCAGGUACGGAGCGCAUUUGCUACUGUCGUGCUACUGCACCAAAGGGCGGAUUACUCGCGAAGGACACUGUCGUUUGCUCACAUCGCGACUGUACUACUACGUACUUUCACAAGUCAUGUGUAAAGAAGCUCGGUGUGGAGAAGGUGUCGCGCUGGUACUGCACAUCAUGUGAACAGCAGAUGAAGAUACUCGCAUGUCAGACGCUACGUGGACUAGGCUAUACUGAUAUCCCCACGGAGCAUCUUUGCAGCUCUUCAUAUGGGCUGAACGCGGAAGAUUUCGAAGGAAUGCUUGACGAGAAGUUUAGGCAGAUGAUGAGCUCACCCGACAUGGACUACCUGACACUGCUACCUUCCGAGAUUAGAGAGAAGGUUAAAGAACUUGGUGGGCUGCCUUCCAUGCCUGCACAGUUACAGAAGCAACUGAAAGAGAAGGUUAGGGCGCUUGGCAUCAAGUUAGCGGGAGCCGACGUUGACUUCCCGAUAUCUGAUGAGAUGCGACGCGUGCUUUGA